UAAAUUGAAAAUUUAUAAAGCCUGAAAGUGUUUAUUUCUGCGCAAGUGCGCACAAAAAAGUACAAUAAAACAACAAUUCACUAUUCAUGAAAUAAAUAUAAUGUCUUACAAUGUUCUAAAACCGGAGCUGGUGUGGAUAGACGGAAGGUGUUACAGGAACACUGACACAUUUGUUGAUACAAGUACUUUUCAAGAACAUGAUUUAUAUGAAAACGAUACUAUUUACAAGGACAGUGAGGAGAAUGAUGAAGAUGAUAAUAUGGAAGUAGUGGAGCUGGAUGACUCUAGAUAUAGUACAAGUUUCCAUGUUUCUAAACAUUACCUUGGUUCAAUAAUUGGGAGGAAAGGAUAUACAAAAAGCAGAAUUGAACAUGAGACUAAAACAGAAAUCAAAAUACCAAGGCAAGGCAAAGAUGGAGACAUCACUAUUCUUGGACCUAGUGCUACUAGUGUGAAGACUGCCAGACGGCGAAUUAAUAUGAUAGUGUUGUCAUCCCGAAUGAAACAGAAGCCCACUCAUUUCAUAUCAAUACCUAUGAAUAAGCCGGAUAUUGUGAAUAGAUUCAUACAAUUUAAGGAACUUGUUCUCCGCGAGUGCCCAAGCCGCGGGGUAGAGGAGUCCAUCUUUAUCCAGCCUAACAAAGUACAUUUAACAAUGGGAGUUAUGUGCUUGAUGGAUAGUGAGGAGAGGACUUUUGCUUCUAAACUUCUUACAGACGCCAAGGAGAAAGUUAUAAUGCCUCUUCUCCAAGGACACUUGCCUUUAAAAAUCAGAGUAAAGGGUUUGUCCUAUAUGAAUGAUGACCCUAAAGAGAUAAAUGUUCUCUACGCUAAUGUUGAAGAAUUCGAGUCUACGUCUGGUGUCCUCCAACAACUAGCUAAUGAAGUGGUAGCUUACUUCAGUCGGGAAGGUUUAAUGAAGAAAGAAGACUGGGAUCCAGUUAAUGUAAAACUACACGUAACAUUGCUCAAUUCGAAGUACAGAAAUGGAUCCUCUCAAGACCUCGGUUCUUCAAGGAAAAGAGAAUCCUUCGAUGGGUCGGAGAUACUUAGGAAAUUCGGUGAUUACGAAUUUGGUGUAAUGGAGUUGAGUGAAAUACAUUUAUCACAACGACAUGCUCUCGGACCUGACGGGUAUUAUCAGCCCACUUUUGUUAUAUCUGUACCAUAAUUUAAUGUAAUAAAUGAAAUAAACGAUUUUGUAAAUAA